AUGUCCACUCCUGUCUCUGAGCCCCUUCAUGCCACUGGCCACGCCGCCGGCACCACCGCCACUGGAGCCACUCCUACCGGCACUGCCGGUACCACCACUUCUGCUGGACACACCAGUGCCACCCCCGGCGCUUCUUCCACCGGCCCCAAGAAGGGUUUUGUGCAGGCUCUUGAGCCUCUGUUCAAGACCCCCCAGUUCAUCUGGUUUGUCGGCCACCUUCUCGUCCUCGUCGGAUGCUUUUUCUACGUCCUUGCCACCCUCCCCUUCUUUCGAGUUGGCAAGUUCUCCAUCUUCUGGUACCGAGAAAUUUUCCUCUCUGUCAUCGCCACCUUUGGAAUCAUCAUCUUCGAGACCUACAAGGGCAAGCCUCUGAACCCCCAGGCUCUCGCCCGAGACGACAACGUCACCUACCUUCUGGUUGCCUUCCUGUGGCUCGUCAGCAAGCCCACCUACGGCACCUUCCUGCCCUUUGCCAUUUUCUCUCUCUUCCAUGUUCUGACCUACGUGCGAGGCUUCAUUCUGCCUGCCCUCGGCUACCCCGGCAACGCUGGCCUCUCUCUCCAGAUUGACAACUUUGUCAAGACCUACAACGACAAGUUCAUGUUCACCGCUGCCAACUUGGAGUUCAUGAUGUUCUUGGGUCUGAUUAUCAAGGCCAUCACCUUCCAGCGAGGCUCUUGGAUCAAGCUCAUCAUCUUCUUUGUCUUCCUGCGUCUGCGAUACGCCCAGUCUCUGUUCACCCGAUCCGUUGUCGGUUCCUGGGAGGUCCGAGUCGAUGGCCUGCUGUCUCACCCUGCCGUUCCUCCUCAGGUCAAGCAGACCUGGGUCACUGUCAAGCACCAGCUGCGAAAGACCCUCGGAGGUGCCGGUGCCCCUGUCACCCAGGAGCAGCGAGCUCAGUAA